UUACAAUCUUGUGAGGAUAUUUCUUGAAUCAGGUGAGUCUAAAAUUGGACUAUAUUUUAGAAAACGUAACGUAGGUUUUCGAUCAGCGAAUGCUAAUACCUUUGCUAAAUGGCCAAGAACUGACAACUUUGACCUAAAGUGAACAGCCAAUCUGUUUUAAGAGUAUGUUCGUUCAUUUUUGAAUCUACAAUAUUGAUAUGACCGGCCCUAUUGACCAUCGUUUUCAGGUAGAGGAUAACCCUUGAGCUCAAAAGCAAAUUUUACCAUUUGAAGCAACUGACCCUACGACAUGUAAAACAAAACUCGACAGUCAACGUAUCAUAAUCUGUUUUUGGACCAACAUGAGUGAAUAACAGUUCCCAUAGCCUUUUCAUUGCUCCUUUCCAGUUUAGUGUAAAAUGAGCUCUAUCCUUUUCUUAUAAUUUCGUUUCUACAUGUGACUUUCUUGUUUCCUCAUUUGUUCCAUGUUCAGCAACUCAUUCAUUUAUUCGAUAACUCCCUUUUAAACACCCAUGCCCCUCUAUAGGUUUCUAUUUUUCAUCUUAGCCUUCACGGCUCGAACCCCAAUUGAUUUCGGUGUGGAAGUUCAAUGCGCAGAGUCGGGGUGGAAAGUUUGGACUGAUGAAUAUUCCUUCUCUUUGUUAGCAAAUCAUGAAGGUGUUGCUCUUAAUCACUGCAAUCCUAUUCGUCCAAUUGUCAAUGGGAACAGACAACAACUUUUGUAAACAUAGUAAGUACACUUAUGUAAGAUCACUGCAAAAUUUCUAACACGCCCCUACUUAAAAAUAAGCAGAUUUAAAUCCAAAAAAAGACUAUUGAAGCCUCCGUCCCUUUAGUAUCUUAAUGCAGACCCUCAUAACUAAAGGAAGCAUGCCUAAGAAUUGACUUUUUUCUAACUAACGAGUCAUUUGGUCCUAAAAUUUAAAACUGUAAGGGUGUGAUACGCAAGGUAAUUUGGUAAUAUCAACAGAGUUAAUAGCAUAAAUUGGCCACCGUUAAGAUUUUCAAAGCUGACAUUUCGAGCGUUAGCCCUUCGUCAAACCUUGUUAAAAAGUUGCAGCACUCCCUACAGAGGGAUGGCGCAGUGGUGAAAGCGCACGCCCCCAACCGUUGUGGCCCGGGUUCGAUUCCUGGGUCUUCCGUUUUCCUCCCUCCGCAAACACUACCAUUGCAAUUUCAAUUCGGCCUGAAAACAGUAUACAAGAAGAGCCACCUCUUGAAAUCGUGAAAUGUCCACUGUCACAUCCCAUUGUUAUUAUUUUAAAUAUUAUUUAUCACGAAUAAUAUAUAAUUUCAUUUUUCAAGCCCCUCUUCCAAAGAUUAAGCUCAACAGCUUCACUGUCAGUGAUUGUGGCAAUGCUCCUGGACAAAUAUUUGAAGUAAAAGUAUCCAGUGUGAAGACCCCGAUUUGUCUGAAAGGCGAUUUUCACAUCUCUGGGCAACAUCCAGGCCGGUUUUCUAUCGUGUACAAGGCAGCGAUUUCUGGGAAAAUCAUGGGUUUUCUUCCUUACGCUUUAGACAUCCCACUUUGCAAAAAUCCAGACGGUGCGAAAUCAUGGUAAGUCACUUGGACACCUAACUGAACUGCAACAUGUUGUAAAACAGUUAGCAAGAAAGUUUCCAAACUGUUAUUUUAAUUAACUCGCUUUGUCACUCGCUUUAUCCUUUCACCCUUGAUUCGUAGAAAAUUUUCAUUGUCAGUUUAUUUAAAACAAUAAAAUAGAUUUAUGCCUUUACAUUGGUGAAGAAAAUUAUCAUACAAACUCUACUUAUAAAGUGCACCCCCUUCCCUCCCACUUCUUUACUUGUGAUGAAAGAUACACCUUAAACCAGCAGAUUGCUUCGUUUCUCUUGCUUCUCUUGAUGGGACCUCCGAUGUUAAAAAUUUUUGUGUAUCGUACAUUCAAUUUAAUUUAUUUCCUUUUACGAUUUAUUUUCGGAACUGUAAGUAAUAAAAUGCACCAACGUUUAGGGUGCUUACCUACAGCUACAAUUCCUGCUUUUCAUAGUUACGGGAGACAGGAGGCUAGAAUUGCAUCAAAUAUGUUGUUCUUGUGACGCUGUGAUACUGAAAGUAUGGUGUGUUUUUUGGGACAGCUCUUAUCCCAAGACCAUCCUCACUUUAAACUUUCUAAAAUUCCCAAUUUUCUUUCGGGGAAAAUAAACGUUUCUUUAUCCUGAGAUUGGUGAAUGCUGUUGAAAUUCUUGUAAACGAACACCGUCCAGAUAUAGAUAGAAAAAGUUCCAGUGAAUUUGCUCCUUGCCACUUGCAAGAUGUUAUUGUGUGACAAAAGAAUUUACAUAGAACGUUAAAAAUGGAAUGUUCUCAGGCGGUCGCCAGCAGAACUAUCCGCCUAUGAAAUUAUUUAACAUUAUUUAAUACCUCCACUUGGUUAAUGACCAGGCGAUGUCGUUACUCUAAAUAAAUAACACGAGUCCUUCUUAAAGUUGAUUUAUUCUCUUGAAGUUAUCGGACAGUUUAAUUCCAAGAGUAUCCUCAGUUUAAACUUUCUAAAAUCCCAAUUUUCUUUAGCAGAAAAUGAACGUUUCUUGAUUCCGAGACGGGUCAAAGCUUUUGAAAUUCCUGUAAACGAACACCUUCGAGACGUAGAUAAAAAAGAGAGUUCCAGUAAAUUUGCUCCUGGCCGCUUACAAGAUGAAGGUUAAAAAUAGAAUUUUCUUAGGCGGCCUCCAGCAAAACUAUCCGCCUAUGAAAUUAUUUAACGGGAAUACCUCCACUUUGUUUCCUUUCCUGAAAAUGACUAGGCGAUGUUGUUACUUAAUUAAAUUAGACUCGAGUCCUUCUCAAACUCGAUUUUUUUUCUUGAAGUUUACAGACAGUUGACUGCAACGAAGUAAAAGAGCUUCUUGGAGGUACAGAACAAUUUUCAAGCGAGAUGUAUUCUUGCGUUUUUGCUUUACUCUUCGCUUACAUUUUUGUUUGAUACUUUUGCUAGCUUGUUUGUUCGUUUUUAUAUUCUCUGGCUAAUUUGUUGGCAUGCUCGCUUGUUUGUUAGCUUGUUUUUGAUACUUACUUGCCCUCUUGUUUAAAUGCUUGUUUGCAUGAUUGCUUGGUAGGGCAAUUUUAACUAAGAGUCGAAAGUAAUCAGAGACUGCAUUGAUUUUACUUUACUUCGCUCUACAAUUGGUCCAGAUAACUCGCGCCACUCUUUCAACCAAUCAGAUGCAAGCUUAGACCGAUUAGGACUUGAUUACCCGUGUUUUCCCCCGCUUUAGAAUUUUGUUGUUUUUACUUUGAGUUUUCAAUUGCUCUUAAAAGGCGAUUCCUAUCCUCUGAUUGGCUGUUGCGGUUAAUUUUUGUUUUGCUUUCACGAUACUCAAUCGAAAAGCGCUCUAUUGUUUGAAUUGAUUUUUCCUCUCGCUUGCUUGUUCACUUGCUGGCAUAUUUAGAUACUUGCUAGCUUCUUUUCAUUAGCCUUAUUAGUUAUUUCCUUGGUUGUUUAGUCCACGCGUAAUGCCGGCAGUCAUCACUCUCUUUUUUCAUCCCCAGAUCCAAACGCAAAGGUUGAAAACCAUGCUUGCAUCUUAAAAACUGGUGACAUUAAAUUUUUUAUCAUGGCAAACAUGAAGGGACCUUUACAAGUUCCGUCAGCUGUCGCAGUGAGUAAUUACUUUGCAGAAAAUUUGUAAGGAGUAGAAAUGUGUCACUCAUUCUUGUAGACUUAAAAACAAGCCUAUUUAUUUCCAAUUUAUGAAACGCCAUUUGCCAGGUGUGGUCAAACAAUUACCCACGUGAUUUCAAAUUGGUAUGAAAUGGGUUUCCUUCACUUUGAUCAUUUCUAGGCAAGUGACUUUUUUUGAAAAACGUCCAACCCGUGAUAAUUCCUAUUUCAUUUCUAGUGCGCGCCAUAUGAAGAUUCAAACAGGUUUAGCCAACUUUUUCCUUGAGAGGAGACGAUUCAAAUCCUUAGGGUUCUCUAGCUAGUACAUGACUUUCAGUUUGCAUAAUAUGGCAGAAGGGGUAUUCAACUAAAUUAUCACCAAAUGUAACAGUGGUUUGAAUGACUGUCAAAGUAUGAAUAUCAUAUAUGAGAAUUGCAAAUUAAUAACAACUACUUAAUUCAAUCUUAUGAUGUUAGCUUGGAGAUUUGGCUUUGGAUCAACUAAUGGCCUAAUUUAUAUUUUUCUUUAUUCUCAUCCCAUGUCUCCUUGAUAUUGUAUUGAUAUUGUAAGGAGAAAUUCUGUCUUGGUCACUCGUGCGGGUCAAAGGGUUAAGCAGUGUUCAUAAUUGCGAAGAUCACUGUCGCAUUCAUUUCAAAUUUAUUUAUCAUUGUAAUCCUCGCAAGUGAGCCGAAAUUUAAGCGACUGCCGAAAAGAAGCCUGAAAAAUUCAGGCUUCGACAGGAUUCGAAAAACUGUGCCAUUCAGAUACUGGUCGGCCGGCUAUUACCAACUGACCCAACUGAGCUACGAGGCCGCACGUUAGGGGCGAGGCAAUUUUUAGAGGCUUCUUAUUUCUUAAUUCUAUCCUUUUCCUUUUAGGCCGGAAUAUCGAAUACCAAAGUGAGCACUCAGGUGGAUGCAACAGAUAUUCACCUGCCAAACAAUUACGUCAAGAUUGCAUGUAUCGGCCAGGACAUGGGAAUUAAGAUUAAAUCUUAACACUCUCAGGAGCUGUGGAAAACAUAGAGCAGUUGAGAAGUGUGUUGUUCUAAGAAUAAAAGCACUGAAUUGAGUUCUGGUCUUAUGUUGUGCUGUAUUAGGACAAGUAAACUUAUACGGUCAAGCACC